CCGCAAUGACGUUCAAGGUUUUUUCGCAGUGAAUUCAAAUUUGGCACAGUGAUUGACAAGGUCCUAUUCAAAUAAAACAUCCCGUGGAAAGCGUGCACACUUUUUUCAAGCACUGUGCGGGAGGCGUGGAGCUCUCGCUUUUGACAUUCUCUCCGCAGUAGCUUGUCUCCUCGAGGCAGAAUCGCAAACUCUUAUGACAUCACCCAGCCACUGAAUGGGGGAAGUUCUCGUUUAGAAACGAAAAAAAAGCUUUUUUUCUGUGGAUAAACACUGUUAAGGUACGGGAACGCUUCCCGUGCCGUUUCAAAAUGCAACUUCAAUAGAAGAUUACGCUGAAAUGCUGACAGCUUUUUCUUGUCUGUGGGAAUAAUUUGUUUCGAAAACAGCGGAGCGCGCUACAUCGCCAAAAGGCCGCGCAGCAGCGAAGUACAUGGCAAUUUAAAACUCUUGCAACGCGUGAACUUUUCCUUUUUUUAAGCAGGAUAAUCUUUCGUUUGGGGAUAGCGCAGAAAGGCGGCAGGGGGAGACGACUUUUCUCGACUUGAUUUCUCGCCUAUGGACGACAGCAGUCCUCUCUCUCCAAAGGCAAAUGCUUUCAGUAUUGCCUCUCUAAUUUCAGCGGCAGAGCAAGCAGGAAACGCAACAUUUGACAAACACGGCACUGGCCCGGACAAGCACGACCAGCGUAACUGCCACAGAUCCUUUAAAAUGCACUACAGUACUGUCACCAGGGAAAUGGAAGCAAUAUCCAGUCCGUGGCUGACGCAGCUGUCCCAUUUUUGCGAUGUUGCAGCCUUCACGACGAGUAGUCUGAGCAGUCUCAAUACGCCGGGCAGUUAUCACCUCUCUCCUUCCCCCGGGGACCCAUAUAGCCAGCAUGAAACCCACUUUGAGCCCUGCUCCGCCGCGCAACACGGCUACAACUACUCGGGGACGAAUCCGGUUCAGGCCCAGCAAAACGAUACCGGGACAUCGAACUGCUCUUCAUCGUCCUCGAACUCGACGCCCAACAGCAAGUCGUUGAUCAAAAAGAACCCGAAAGUGGCCAACAUAAACGUUCAGUUGGAGAUGAAGGCUCUAUGGGAUGAGUUUAAUCAGCUUGGGACAGAGAUGAUCGUUACUAAGGCUGGGAGGAGAAUGUUCCCUACAUUUCAAGUAAAAAUCUUUGGAAUGGAUCCUAUGGCAGACUACAUGCUCCUAAUGGACUUCCUACCAGUUGACGACAAGCGAUAUCGGUAUGCGUUCCACAGUUCCUCCUGGCUGGUAGCUGGCAAGGCGGACCCGGCAACUCCCGGAAGAGUGCACUACCACCCCGACUCCCCCGCCAAGGGCGCGCAGUGGAUGAAGCAGAUAGUCUCAUUCGACAAAUUAAAACUCACUAACAACUUGCUGGACGACAAUGGCCACAUUAUUCUCAACUCCAUGCAUAGAUACCAACCGAGGUUUCACGUCGUCUACGUGGACCCAAGAAAAGACAGUGAAAAGUACGCCGAAGAAAAUUACAAGACGUUUGUAUUCGAGGAGACGAGGUUCACGGCCGUCACGGCCUACCAAAAUCACAGGAUCACGCAGUUGAAGAUCGCCAGUAACCCUUUCGCAAAAGGAUUCCGGGACUGCGACCCAGAGGACUGGCCCAGGAACCACAGGCCCGGAUCGCUGCCAAUAAUGAGUGCCUUCGCCAGAACAAGGAACCCCAUGUCAUCGCCCACACAACAAAACGGCACAGAGAAAGAGGACAGCAGGAGGGAGUACGACCGAGACCCCAGCGGGACCCCCAUCCACGCCGACCCCGCCCAUCAGCUGAUGUCACGCGUCCUCAGCCCCGCCCUCCCUGUCCCGGGGGGGCUCCACGCGGUCCCGCUCACGGCCGGCCGACCCAGCCCCCCCCACGAACUGAGGCUGGACGGACACCCCCAGCCGCCGGACACGCUGCACCACCACCCCUACAAGUACCCCACCACCUACGAACACUACCUGGGCGCCAAGGCCCGGCCGUCCCCGUACCCCUUGCCCAGCAUCAGAGGCCACGGCUACCACCAUCACAUGAACCCCGCCGCGGCCAACAUGUACACCGCCACCAGCGCCCCGGCCAAUUACGACUACGGACCCAGAUAAUGACUUCACUUUUUCGGGGGGUUUGCCUCGUUCCCUCGCUCGCUCGUCGGCAUAGCGACCUGGAAAGGCGGGGGCGGGAAAAAAAAACCAACCGAAAACACACAAUUUGGGGGGAGUGGACAGAAAAAGGAAAAACACACACUGCUAUGCCUGCAUGGUUUAUGCAGAAUUAGGUGAGAAGGAGGAGAAGAAGAAAAAGAAAAAAACCUCCCUCUUUCUCUCCACUGCAGCGGACGGAUAAAAAGCCAGCGGUAUUUAUUGAGCGAGGCACGCCGUGUUCGCGGGGAGAGCGGGUCGACCGUCUGAGCCCCACCUACGGUCGCCCCCUCCCCCCCCACCACCCCCACCCCCCAGUACUUUGAAUCGUCAAGGUGUCGGCCGCCUGUCAACCGGGGGACGACAAACGGUGAACUUCCUUUGCCGAGAAGACCGGAGGACGCUCUUAUGAACAGGGAAUACUGCAUUAUCACGGACUGGAAUUUCAUUUUUGUGUUGGAUGCACUUUUUUUCUUUUUUUUUUUUUUUUGCUUUAAAAAGUAAGCCAUAUGUUAUAUUACUCCUGAGCCCAGCAAGCUUCUAGAUAGACAAAGGUAUCUGCAUGUUGAGCUCACCAAAGGCUUUUGAGAUGCCUUUAAAAAAAAAAAAAAUUUUGUUUGCAGGAAAAAAAAAAAAAACAA